CGCGGAGGGAAGUCUCGCGAGGCUUGUCGCUGUGUGGCUGCCAGUAGCGGAGGUUCUGGUCCGCCCGGGAUGGAGCCGAGGCAAGCGGGCUGCCGGAUCCUCCCUGCCGCUGUGUGAGCAGGGCUGUGUGUCCGCUCGCUGAGCAGGCGCAGCGAGGCCGCGGAGAGCACUCUCUGGGCGCCUCCAUCUCGCGGGUGGUGGUCGCCGUCUCUGACGGCUGAGGGGGACUGAAGCUGAGUGGAAAAACACGAGUGGGUGAACCUCUGAGCCGGGCUCCCUGUCUCCGUGCUCUCACUGAGCUCCUGCCGGGAACAGAGAAAUGAGCUGCACCAUUGAGAAGGCACUUGCUGAUGCUAAGGCCCUUGUUGAACGGUUGAGAGACCAUGAUGAUGCAGCAGAGUCUCUCAUCGAACAGACCACUGCCCUCAGCAAGCGAGUGGAAGCCAUGAAACAGUAUCAGGAAGAAAUCCAAGAACUUAAUGAAGUAGCAAGACAUCGGCCACGAUCCACACUAGUUAUGGGAAUCCAGCAAGAAAACAGACAAAUCAGAGAAUUACAACAAGAGAACAAAGAACUGCGCACAUCCUUGGAAGAGCACCAGUCUGCCUUGGAACUGAUAAUGAGCAAGUAUCGAGAGCAGAUGUUCAGAUUGCUAAUGGCCAGCAAGAAGGACGACCCGGGCAUAAUAAUGAAGUUAAAGGAGCAGCACUCAAAGAUUGACAUGGUACAUCGUAACAGCUGCGAAGGAUUCUUCCUGGAUGCAUCUCGGCACAUCCUUGAAGCACCUCAGCACGGACUGGAGAGGAGGCACUUGGAAGCAAAUCAGAAUGAGUUGCAAGCACAUGUUGACCAGAUCACCGAGAUGGCAGCAGUAAUGAGAAAAGCUAUUGAAAUUGACGAACAGCAGGGUUGCAAGGAACAGGAGCGCAUAUUUCAACUUGAACAAGAAAACAAAGGCUUGAGAGAGAUCCUUCAGAUAACUCGAGAAUCCUUUUUGAACCUUCGGAAGGAUGAUGCGUCAGAGAGUACAUCUCUGUCCGCCUUAGUGACUAACAGUGACCUGAGUCUGAGGAAGAGCUGAGUGGUUGGCUGUGGUCACUAAGACGGGCCCAGGAGUGAGUGGAUGGAUGAACAUAAACCCAACUUCAGUCAGCCUCUUUCCUCUAGUAUGUCAGGGGCACUGGCGAAGAGACAGUAGCAGGAUGUAUAGCCAGUGGUCAUAAACUAGAUCCCAGUCACAGCUCGACAGGAAAACCUGGGCCACAGAGUGAACAUUGAGUCUCCAAGGUGCUGCUGAGGACUGCAAUUUGAGAAGUGCUGUUGGCCUCUUGGAUGAGAUAUGGAUCACCCUGAAUGCUCCUAAUAAACGUCGGAAAGCCUAAAUUAUCACAACUCCAAAAGAAGGUUGGUGUGGUGUUCUGGAUGGAAGACUUUGUUCUGAGUCCUGUCCUUCUGUUCAGUGUCAGAGUCAGCAUAGCUUAUGUAUGUACCGCUUCUGUCUCGGUGCUCCCAUCCCCCUGCCCAUCUGUUCAUCGCCGGCAGUUCACAUUUACAGGCUAUAGGAAUAUGUCACUCGCAUCACAAACUGAAGAAAGGAAUAUACUUGCACCUAGUUCCCAUAACUCUUAGCUAGCAGUUAUUCGUGACUUGCUUGAGUAUAUGUACCUCAGGAAGGAAGGAAAGACAAGAAUAUACUUUCUAAGAAAGACAGCCAUAUAUAGACACAUUUAGUAGGUUAAACUACUUUGAGAGACUAUGUUUGGUUCUCUGUUAACAAUGAGCCUGGCUCUUCCUCCUCUCUACAUGAUGUUUAAGGAUACAGGACAGAGGGGUUGGGGAUUUAGCUCAGUGGUAGAGCGCUUGCCUAGCAACCGCAAGGCCCUGGGUUCGGUCCCCAGCUCCUAAAAAAAGGGAAAAAAAAAAGGAUACAGGAUAGCUCACUAGUACACAGAGUUGGCAUAUUUAAUGUAAUAAGAUAGGUAUGGUCAUUUCCAAGUAAAUUUGGAAUUCCUUUGUUAUUUAAGAAAUCACUCUUCAAACAUAUAAGUAGAAGCAGGUUCCAAAAUCAAAGUUCUGGGACUGAGUCUAAACCCUGUUUAGUUCUUAUAACCUGUGAGUUUUCCCUACAACCUGUGACUCAGAAACUGGCAGUGAAGUGUGGGCCCACAGGCAUUGUGCUUUGCACUUUAAAAAAAAAAAAAGCUUAAGACCACAAGAUAGAGAAGUGUGCUUUAAUACCAUUGCAACCUAAACUCUUCUGUAGUGAUCAGAAUAAAAGAAUAAAAGAUUGUGAAAUACGGCAAAAAAUAUACAAUACUUGUAUGUGAAGUUAGCACAGAUAAAAAGUAAAUCAUUUGUAAGUACAUAUUACUUUGCAGUGUAAUUUUAUGUGUAAUUUCAUGUAUUGGCAAAAUUCAUAGGACUUUUACUUGAGAACCUUUCAUUCUGAAGUUUGAGGUGAGUGGGGUCAUAGGUCAGGUAGGAAAGGGCCAGUACCCCAGGUGAUAAACCGUUGUCAUGCAGAGGCCUUAAUAUUUUAUAUUAUAGGUGAAUUUAUUUCUAAGACUUUUCUAUUGGUUCUUGGAGAGUGUCCCUUAGUUUAGUGGUCAUUCUUUCAUGUAGUUUGGUCCCAGGCCAGAAUCUUAGAAGAAAGGCUACACAGUUGAGAUGAGGCAGAAUCAAGGAGUGAGUAGUUCUAUUGUGAAAUGUUAUUUCAGAAGUAAUUAUUUUUAUAAAAAAAUUAUUUAUCCUUUGUCUUCUUGGAUAUAAGUUUAAGGUUGUGAAUAUUGAAAGACAUUUGCAUUGUUCUUAGCAAGUUUUCCAUCCCUCCUAUCACCCCCCCCC